AUGGAAAAGCUUCCCUACAACCUUGCUCUGAAGAACCUGUGUGAGAUCUUCUUACAAGAGAGAAAUGAGAAGGCAUCUGUGGAGUUACUUUGCAGUCUCCAUGGAGAGAAACUUGAGGUCUUCUGUCUAGAGGAUAAACAUCUUGCAUGCAGGAUGUGUGUGAAUGUGGAUAUGCAUAUCAAUCACACAUGGAGACUUCUGGAUGAGGCAGCAGGGAGUCUCAAGGAGGUGCUGAAAACAAAGAUGAAGCCUUUGAAAGAGAAGCUCAAAGUCUUAAAGAAUGUGAAAGUCAUCUGUAAUCAAAGAGCACAACACAUCAAGAAUCAAGCCCAGCAAACAGAGGCAUGUAUUAAGGAGGAAUUUAAUCAGCUUCACCAGUUUUUACGAGAUGAAGAGAGAGCCAGGUUAGCCACUCUGAGAGAAGAAAAGGAGCAGAAAAGGAAAAUAUUAGAUGAGCGAAUUCUGUUGAUUAACUGCAAACUCUCCUCUCUCGAGGAAAGAAUCAGAGCCACUGAAGAAGAGAUCCAAUCCAACAAUAUCUCAUUCCUGUUGAACUACAAAGGCCAACUUGAAAUUACCCAGUGCACCUGUCCAGAGGGUCCAGAGAAGCUUCCAGAAGUUCUGAUUGAUGUAGCAAAGCACUUGGGGAAUCUGAAGUUCAACGUGUGGCAGAAAAUGAGGUGUUUCACUCAUCAUACUCCUGUCAUCCUUGACCCCAACACUGCUCACCCAUGUCUGCAACUUUCCAAAAAUCUGACAGAUGUGAGAUUUGGUCAGUGGAGUCAACAUGCCCUAGGUUACUUAGAGAAAUGUGCAGGGUAUACAAGCGUCCUGGGUUCUGAGGGAUUCAAUGCAGGAACUCACUACUGGGAUGUUGAGGUUGGGGACAACACCACCUGGGCUUUGGGAGUCAUCUCAGAGUCUGUGAUCAAGGCAAGAGACAAUCCCCCCAUUUCUGGUUUAUGGCGCCUAGGUUAUCACAACGGUAAAUAUGGACAAGGUCUUUCAGGGGAUGUACUAAGGCCGCUUGAUGUGAAACAGAAAGUCCAACGAAUCAGAGUCUAUCUGGACUUGGACAGAGGAGAAUUGUCAUUUCUUAACCCUCAUACUAAUACUCCUCUCCAUACAUUUAAACACACCUUCACUGAGAAAGUCUUUCCAUACUUCUGUAAUGUGUGUCCAUCUCAAGCGCUCAGUAUCUUGCCAGUGCAAACCUCAAUCACCGAUGGAGAGUGGAGAUAGCGUAAAGAUGAAUGUGAAUGUUUGAAAUAACAUCAACUAUCUGCAACAAGCAAGCCCAACAGGAGAGUAACGGAAGUAAAAUACCAUUCAUUUGUGCCCAAAAAUAAAUGUAUUUUGUGAAAACCUUUCAAGACCAAAGGUCCAAAGAGCUCCAAAGUUGUUAAGCUAUGAUAUUCUAUAGAAGCCACAAGUCAAUUUGAUUGAACCUUUUUUUAAUCAUGUUUCAUUGCCAAAUUACUACAUUCAUUUGGCCAGACUUUUGAAUCCCAUCAGUUUGUUUUUCCCAUUUCUGUUUCUGUUGGUUCAUUCUUAAAAUAAUGUAUGCCUUGAACUAUGGAGGUAUUUUGUGUAGCAAAUGUCAUUUCACGAUAACAGUCCUGUUGUGAAUUGCAACACUUGAUCCAUACCUGUAAUUUUGAGACCUGUUGAACCUCCCAUCACAUACACUACAAUAAUUUUUUCUGCAUACCAGGCACCAUUGCCAGUUGGCUUUGAGACUGGGCAAGCAUCAAAUAAUUGGAAUACACAUUAUUCAUUCUGUGCACAAAACUCCUUAUACGGGUGAGUGUAAUGUCGCGGAAACGUUAUUGGUGUAAAUUGUUGCCUAGUCAAUGGAAACAACUGUCAGAGUGGUGAACAAUUUUUUUUAAUUCUAAUUGUUUUAAAUUCAGGACAGUAAUAUUGCUCAUAUCACACAAAUGAAAGAUUGUCAAAUAUUGAGCCGAGCAUGUUUAUGUCCAUUAAAUCAUACAAUGAACCAUAUUGCCAGAAGAGCUUGUUUUGACAUACGACAAAAAGAAAAGAUUGCCAGUUACCAUUUUCAACAUCCUAGGCCUCACACGUCACUCUUCCCACAGUUCAGAACAUCUGGAAUGGGCAGCAGCAAUUAACUAAACUGACCACCAAAGACAACAAUCUUAACCUGAAUGCAUAUGGCAAAUGUAAAAGACAUGGCAGUCUACAUUCCUUAAUAUGUUUUUUUAAACAGACACUGACUGCGCCCUAAUGUUAGAACUAUAAAACAGAUAUAACACAAGAAGGACAUGAUUGCCGGUUCACCAAUUCAUAGCCUCAGACUAACCAGAAACAAUGACCUAGUAACAAUAACACAGAUUUUUAAUAAAUAUAUUAACUUACCUGUACCUCAACACAAAAUUAAUGCAUCUCUCCUUGCAAAUGAACAUCUCCGUCAUUCCGUCAAAAGUCACCCGCUUGUGAUGAAAAUGAAUUUUGCCAAAGGAUGUCGAUACUUACACUUCAGAUAUCCAUUUUAGCACUUAAUAAAGCAUUACUUAUGUGAACUUGAACGUGUUGACACAAAACUGAAAUCUAGCCUAUCAGAUAGCGUGACUGAAAGAAGGAGCUUCUAACUGGCUUACUCAUUUUGGUAAGCAUGCUUACCUUGGCCAUUUGUAGUAGCGGGCGUGAUUCAAUUUGAAUUUACAUACAGUGUUGAAUGAAAGGGCAGCAAAGGAUGCUUUGAAUCAGAGAAAGCAUAACAUAAAGUGUGUAUACCUGAUGGUGGCGCCAAAGCGAAUAUAUGAAUAACUGUCUGUGCUGCUCCACUGAGAUGAAAGAUGAAGAAUUUAAAUGAAAACAGUCGUUUAUAUUAACAAUUAUAUUUAAAUAUUUCAUUGAGUCAUUUUCUUUUCACCCUUCUGUUAGGUAAGCAACAGAUCAUGUGAGCGGAGUGGAGCGAGUUGUCACUCCGCUCAAAUAUUCACUCACGUGCGAUCGCUCAACUCAAACCUGUUAUUAUUAUCCCAUAUGAAUUGACAUGUUGGUAAAAAUCCAGGGAAUCUGCUCUGUCCAGCCUGUGAACCCUUUAACUCAUUGUUUCUAAAGUUCACCAAGUGUCUGAAGUGGAUGCUGGUCAUUGAGAAGACACCAGAAAAUGUCAAAACAUAAUCUAAUGCUGGCUGUUGCAUUUUGACUAAUGCAUGAGAAACAAACGAACAUGAUUUCUUUUGAUUAGUAAAAUUAGAAAAGGACGCAAGCAGGGGCGUGUCCGUAUGGGGGGUAUGGGGGUGAAGUUGGGUGUAUAACAUUGAUGUGUGCAUCAUAAGUAUCUUCUUUUAAACAUGCUGGAAUAUUUCGUUUACUUUACUAUUUGCCUCAAACUAAGUUUUUAAAAACCUUUAUAAUGUACCAUGCCACAUUGCCACAAACCUUAUCAUAAUCAUGUGUUGAAGUUAUUAAAAUUAAAUUAAUAUACCUAUCAAUUUGAUGGCGCCAAUCAAUGAAAUCCAAGGCAUACUAAACCUGGAAUCUGUACCAUCUCUUGAUCUGUUUAAUAACAUUUUAAAGUCUGUUUUUAUGGAACAAUGUCAAUGCUUUUAACAUCAGUUUAUGAUCUCCAUUGCUUUUUUCUUUUCUUUAGUCCUUGAUCCUGUUUUUUUUUUGUGUUUGAUUACAGUGUGGUUUUAUGUAUUUCUAUGUGAUUUUUAAUUGUUUUACUUUUGA